UCGUUCCCGGCAUAAAUCGAUGACGUUUUACACAUCACACAGAAAAAUGUCUGCGCCCAUGAGCAUGUUACGGACUUCUCGAAAACUGUCAAAAUUUGGUAACAUUUUACAGAACUUUAAGGAAAUAAAACAGAAAAACUUGCUGUUAAUCCCUGCGAGAUGUCUGAGUUUACAAGAGUACCAAAGCAAGAAGCUGAUGACCGACAGUGGAGUGUCUGUUCAGAAGUUUGUUGUUUGCAGUUCACUUGAUGAAGCAAAGUCAGCAGCCAAAAACCUCAAGGUGGACGAAUAUGUAAUAAAAGCACAGAUAUUGGCUGGAGGAAGAGGGAAAGGUGUUUUCUCUAAUGGCUUCAAGGGUGGAGUCCAUCUUACCAAAAAUCCAAAUGAGGUAGAGAAUCUGGUGUCAAGUAUGCUGGGACAAAAACUUAAGACAAAGCAGACCCAUGGGGAUGGUGUCAUAGUAUCGAAGGUAAUGGUGGCCGAGGCUUUGGAUAUUGCCAGGGAGACGUACUUCGCUAUUGUACUGGACAGAUCACAUGCAGGACCUGUGAUCAUAGGCAGCAAACAUGGCGGGAUGGACAUCGAAGAAACGGCAGCAACUGACCCAGACUCCAUCAUAAAGGAACCUGUGGACAUUGUGACAGGUGUAACAGAAAAACAAUGUCUGUCUGUAGCAGAAAAACUAGGAUUCCAGGGAAGCAACAUGCAGAAGGCUGCUGACCAGAUUAGGAGACUAUAUGAACUCUUCAUAAAGGUGGAUGCAACACAGGUUGAGAUCAAUCCUUUUGGAGAAACUCCAGAUGGUAGAGUUGUUUGUUUUGAUGCCAAGAUCAACUUUGAUGACAAUGCAUCAUUCAGACAGAAGGAGGUGUUUGCUAUGGAUGACAUGGCAGAGACUGACCCCAGGGAAAUCGAAGCUAGUCGACUGAAGCUGAACUACAUUGCCCUGGAGGGAAGCAUAGGAUGUCUCGUGAAUGGUGCUGGUCUUGCCAUGGCUACCAUGGACAUCAUCAAGCUCCAUGGGGGUGAACCAGCUAACUUCCUGGAUGUCGGAGGGGGUGUAUCAGAACAGCAAGUCCAUGAUGCUUUCUUCCUCCUCAUGGGGGACAAACAUGUGAAGACAAUCUUGGUAAAUAUAUUUGGAGGCAUUGUCAACUGUGCUACUGUUGCCACAGGGAUUAUUAAAGCGAGCAAGAAGCUGCAUCUAGAUCUCCCCCUGGUGGUGCGAUUGGAAGGUAACAAUGUGGAUGAAGCUAAACAAAUCUUGGCAGACAGUGGAUUAAAAAUCACUGUGGCUGAAGGAUUCAAUGACGCUGCACGUCUGUGUGUGCAAAAAGCAGCCACAGCUUAAUUGUGAUAAAAGACGUUAACAUGCAUGCUUCCAAUUACUGGUCAAUGACACCCGGGCAUCCAGGAGGGUUGUGUACUUGAUACUACAGGAUAUGCUUUAUACAAUUAUGAUUGUUAACAAAAUUAUGAAAUAUAAUUCCAACCAAUGGUGAUUCAGAUUUUAUUAGUGUGGGCAAUUAGAGACAUAAUUUUUUUUCAAAGUAGAUUUGCUGGACAGUUUAGUUCAUUCAUUUGCUAGAAACUCAUCGAUCAACAUAUUAAUUAUACAAAUGACAGCAAUUAUGGUUUGUUACACGUGCAGAUUAUUUUAUAUAUACAGUAUUGGAACAAAGGCACUUUUGCCUGUGUUCUAACAUGUACAUGUAUUUGUGAUUCAUAUAUAUUUAUGAAUUGUUCCACUCAGAGAUGAUAACAAUUUGUGAUAUACAUGUAUUCCUAAUAAAGCCGUAUAAAUAUU